GCGGUGGCGUGCGCCUGUAAUCCAAGCUACUGGGAGGCUGAGGCUGGCGGACCGCUUGAGCUCAGGGGUUCUGGGCUGCUGUGGACUAUGCCGAUCGGGUGUCCGCACUAAGUUCGGUAUCGAUAUGGUGCUCCUGGGGGAGCUCGGGACUACCAGGUCGGCUAAGGAGGGGUGCACCGGCCCAGGUCGGAAACGGAGCAGGUCAAAGCCCCCGUACUGAUCAGUAGUGGGAUCGCGCCUGUGAAUAGACGCUGCAGCGCAGCCUGAGCAAAAUAGCGGGACUCAACCUUUUUGGGCAAUUAACCAGAAUGUGAUUUAUUUGUUAAUUUAAUAUUAUAUUGAUUAGCAUAUUUAACUUUUUGUUUGCACCUUCAACUAUUUAUGCUACAUUAGUCAACAUUUUAUAUCUUCGAAACGUCAAUUAAUGCUUCUGCUUUACAAUAUUCAGUUAAAUUUAGUUCAUUUUAACUGUACAACAUGGGCUAGAAACUAAGUGCUUUACUGUCCCCUCUGUUUGAAAGAGUGAAUUACACCUGUAAUUUGCGCAAUAAGAAUCAUGUCCAGCAGGAGUCGCUGUUCGCAUCUUGAAAUAGUUUUAUUAAAAGCUUUCUUUUCCAUCUCUAUCUUGUCACCCACCCUCCGCAAUCUUUCUCAAGGAUGGGGACGACAUGCUUGCCAAGGGAGGAGGGAAUAAAAAGGGAUGAAGAAGGAAAUGGGGACAGAUGAAUAAAGUGUGGGAGAAAGAGAAGUUAGGCUGUCUGACAUAUGACAAAACGCCAUGCCUGAACCAAAGAAGCCAGGUGCCAAGGCAGAGAAGGAGAACGCUCUCCCUGCUGAUAAGCCUAGAGAAGAGGCAAAUGAGGGCCGUGAUGAGCUAUUGUCUGAUUAUGAAGAAUUGCCUGAGGAUGAACAUGUCCCAGGAGAAGAGCCUCAGCGGUCUGAGAUAACUGGCCUGUUUGUGGAGAAGCCUCAGAGUGUCACUGUAAUUAAAGGGAAAGAUUUCACAUUUGUGGCAAAGGUGGACUCCUCUCAGCUGCUAAGAAAGCCAGCUAUGAAGUGGUUGAAGGGGAAAUGGUUGGAUCUGGGCAGCAAAGCUGGGAAACACCUGCAGUUCAAAGAAACCUAUGACAGGAACAGCAAGAUAUACACCUAUGAGAUGACCAUUGUUAAGGCUGUGGACGGGGAUGCAGGAGGCUACCGUUGUGAGGUCACAUCCAAAGACAAGUGUGACAGCUGUACGUUUGACAUCACUGUUGAAGCUGCCGAAGAGGCACAGCAAACAAACAUAUUGGAGGCAUUCAAACGAUCGGGAGAUGCAGGAGAGGAUGCAGGAGAUCUGGACUUCAGUGGUUUACUCAAGAAAAGAGAAAGGAAGCAGAAGGAGGAGCCUGAGGUGGACGUGGAUGUGUGGGAGAUCCUGAAGAAGGCUAAGCCAUGUGACUAUGAGAAGAUCGCCUUCCAGUACGGCAUCACUGACCUCAGGGGCAUGCUUAAAAGACUGAAGAAGAUGAAGAAGGUGGAGCCCAAGAAGAGUGAUGCUUUCCUGAGAAAGUUAGAAUCUGCUUACUCUGUUGAGAAAGGCAAGAAAAUAAAUCUUUCUGUGGAACUGACUGACCCCAACGCUCAAGUCAAAUGGCUGAAAAAUGGACAGGAGAUCAAACCCUCAGCCAAAUAUGUCUUUGAGAGUGUAGGUGGUAUCCGUAAGCUCACUAUUAACAAGUGCAAUCUUGCGGAUGAUGCUGCUUACGAAUGUGUGGUUGGAGAGGAGAAAAGUUUCACAGAGGUCUUUAUCCAAGAACCCCCGGUCACAAUCACUAAGAUGCUGGAUGACAUCCAUGUGGUGGUUGGGGAGAAGGUGGAGUUUGAGGUUGAGGUUUCUGAAGAGGGAGCUAAUGUGAAAUGGAUGAAGGAUGGAGUGGAAUUAAGCAGAGACGGAAAGUAUCGCUUUAAGAAAGAUGGGACGAAGCACUGGCUCAUCAUCAACGAGGCGACUACAGAGGACAUGGGAACAUACUAUGUCUUCACUAAUGGGGGGGAGUCCAAGGGAGAGUUAGAAGUUGAAGACAAGGAGCUGGAGGUUCUGCAGAGUAUAGCUGAUCUGACAGUGAAGGCAGCAGAACAGGCUGUCUUUAAGUGUGAAGUGUCUGAUGAGAAAGUGACUGGGAAGUGGUACAAGGAUGGGGUGGAGGUCAAUCCCAGUGACCGCAUCAAAAUGACACACGUCGGCAGGACUCACAAGCUAAUGAUAAAUGAUGUAAAGCCUGAGGAUGCAGGAGAUUACACCUUUGUACCAGAUGGUUACGCUCUCUCCCUUUCUGCCAAACUCAACUUUUUGGAGAUCAAGAUUGAUUAUGUUCCUCGUCAAGAACCUCCCAAAAUUCACUUGGACACCACUGGCAGCUUUGUCAACAAAAACACCAUUAUCGUUGUGGCAGGAAACAAGAUGCGUUUUGAUGUUGACAUUACAGGGGAACCCACCCCCACCGUAUGCUGGAAAAAAGGAGAUACAGAGAUCACUGAGGCUGAAGGGCGUGUGAAGGUGGAGACCAGGAAGACCCUGAGCUCUUUUGUUAUUGAAGGGGCAGAGAGAUCAGAUGAAGGUCUCUAUCACAUCACUGUAACCAACCCUGCUGGAGAGGACAAGGCUGAUGUCUUUGUUAAGAUAGUUGAUGUGCCUGAUCCGCCUGAGAAUGUGAAAUGCACUGGAGUGGGAGAGGACACUGCUAUUAUCCAGUGGGAACCACCCAAAUUUGAUGGUGGAGUUCCAGUGAAAGGUUACCUAAUGGAGAGGAAGAAGAAGGGCUCUUCCAGAUGGACUAGGCUGAACUUUGACAUUUAUGAGUCCACAACAUAUGAGGCUAAGAAGAUGAUUGAGGGGGUGCUAUAUGAGAUGAGGGUGUUUGCUGUUAAUGGUAUUGGUAUCUCCCAGCCCAGUGCUAAUUCCAAACCCUUCAUGCCCAUUGCUCCAACCAGCGAACCAACACGGCUGAUGGUGGACGACAUCACUGAUGGUACCUGUGCUCUUAAAUGGCUUCCCCCUGAGAGGAUUGGAGCCGGUGGCAUCGAUGGGUACUUCAUUGAAUAUUGUGUUGAGGGAGGCACUGAGUGGGUGCAAGCAAACGAGACUCCUGUUGAGAAGAACAGUUACAGGGUCAAAGGGCUGCCCGUGGGAGAGAAGCUUCUGUUCAGGGUGACAGCUGUGAACAUUGCCGGCCGUAGCCCUCCAGCUGAGAUGAAGCAAGCUGUCACCAUCCGGGAGAUUGUCGAGCGCCCUAAAAUCCGUCUCCCUCGGCAGCUUAGGACUAAGUAUAUCAAAAGAGUGGGCGAGAAGGUCAACCUUGUCAUUCCCUUCCAGGGCAAACCACGCCCAGUGGUGAACUGGUUCAAGGAUGGUCAAUCUCUAGACACAGCUUUGGUAAAUGUCCGGACAACUGACGUGGACACCAUCCUGUUCAUCAGGCAGGCAGUCAGAGAAAAUUCAGGCCAAUACACUCUGUCUGUGCAGAUUGAGAAUAUGGAGGACAAAGCCACUAUUGAUAUCCGGAUUGUAGACAAACCAGGGCCACCAAUGAGUGUUACAGUAACCGAUGUUUGGGGCUUUAAUGCUGCUCUGGAAUGGAAGCCACCUAAAGAUAAUGGCAAUAGUGAGAUCACUGGCUACACUAUCCAAAAGGCAGACCUGAAAACCAAGGAAUGGUUCACAGUUCUUGAGCACAAUCGCAGACCCAGUUGCACUGUGUCUGAUCUGGUGAUGGGGAAUGAGUACACUUUCCGUGUGUUCAGCGAGAACAUCUGUGGCCUGAGUGAUGAAGCUGGCGUCAGCAAAAACACAGCUGUCAUCACCAAAACAGGUCUUAAUCUUAAUACACAGCCCUAUAAGGAAAAAGACAUGAACAGCUCUCCUAAAUUCAUCACACCUCUCGUGGAUAGGUGUGUCAUUGCUGGUUACAGUGCUGCCAUCAGCUGUGCUGUCCGUGGUUACCCCAAACCAAAGAUUAUAUGGAUGAAAAAUAAGAUGAUUAUUGGGGAGGACCCGAAGUUUCUCAUGCAGAAUAACCAGGGCGUGCUGACUUUAAACAUCCGUAGGCCCAGCUUGUUUGAUGGGGGGAAGUAUACAUGCAGAGCUGUCAAUGACUUAGGACAGGAUGAAGUGGAAUGCAAGCUGGAGGUUCGAGUCUUAACAGAAAAGGAAAAGGAAGGGAUGAAGAAGUGAAUGCAAAACCCUGGAGAUACUCUAAAGAAGCCAGGAGGCAUAUGGGCAUCACGAGAGUAUCGGGAAAGAUAAAAAAAUGAAUAAUUAUUUAGUUAGAAUAAAAUUACAUCGUUAUGCUGUCUUUUCUUUGCCUUACUUUUGACCCUUACAAAAAAGUACCGUGGCGAUUCCUUGGCACAAUUAGAUGGUAAUAAUAACAUUUUAUUUUGAUAUAUAAAGUACUGUGGUACUGAAUAAGUAGACUCCAUAUUACAUGGUAGUCCAAGGUACUUCAAAGAAUACCAUGAUCCAAACUACCAUGGUACUUUUUUUGUGUGUUUAAUGUUAGCAGAAUCAGUAUUCAAUCUAAUAUAGUCUUCUGUUUCUCUUAUAUAGUCGCUUAAGUCUAUUGAUAUGCUUUGUAUGUCAGGUUUUUGCAGGUCAAAUUGCUUUAAGUAAAAGCUCAUACAUAUAUAUGUGUGUUGUUGAAGUAUGAGUUUUUUAAUUAUUUGUUCACAGUCAAAAAGGUUUGGUUAUGUUUAUGGUUAAAAUUAUAUAAUAUAUACCCUUUGUCUGCUUAUGAAUGCGUUAGUGCAGACUGGAGGAGAGUUAGAGAAUCAGGGUCUCAUUAGCAUAUCACACUAGAGACUCAUUUACGCACCCAUCAACUCUGCCCUAAUUAGCCUUCUCCCACGUCAUUACUGAGCAAACGAAUUACGGCUAAUUUACACACCCGUAAAACAAACACACCAGCGCGGAUCCUCUGGGAGAAGCUGCGGCCCAAGGUUCGCCAGCACCGGUUAAAUCUCACCAGGACUACGCUGCUGUAUCCUGGAGCCAAGCUGAAUAAGGUGAGUUUGAGGGUUUUCCCACGAGGAAUGCUCAAGAAAGGAGAAAAGGCAUAAUAAAUGAGUUGAUUUUUAACAGUACCACUUUUUUAAAUGGAAAGGAUGCGAAGACAUGAUACGUUACUUCUAAACCUAGUUUAAAAAAGCGGGAAACACAAACUAAAGCUACUCAGAGUGACCAGCAGAUGGCGCAGCUACCUAACUAACAGCAGAUGGCUUUGCCAACACACGCUUUCAGGCUCUGUCUUUGCCAAAUAAAAAGACAACGUAUCUUAAUUUAAAAUUAAUAAAACAUAGCAAUAAAUCUUGCUCGAAGGAUUUUUCCAUCAUCGUGAGACUUGAAUUUUCGGGCCGCUGAAACAAAUUUACCACUGCAACGCACAUCAGCGUGCUGCAAAGAUAUAAUAAUCAGAACUCUGAGAUGCAACAAUUGUGCGAUUCAACAAGCAUUCCCUCGAUGUCUCGGCGGAGACCACAACACUCACGCAAACCAUUUAAAUUCUAAAGAGAAUCGUCCACUUUAAAGGGAUAGUUCACCCAAAAAUGAAAAUUCUCUCAUCAUUUACUCACCCUCGUGCCAUCCCAGAUGUGUAUGACUUUCUUUCCUCUAUUGAACACAAAUGAAGAUUUUUAGAAAAAUAUCUCAGCUCUGUGGGUCUAUACAAUGCAAGUUAAUUGUGGCCAGAAAUUUGAAGGUUCAAAAAGCACAUAAUGGCAGCAUAAAAGUAACCCAUAAGACUCCAGUGGUUAAAUCCAUAUCUUUAGAAGUGAUAUGAUAGAUGUGGGUGAGAAACAGAUCAAUAUUUAUGUUCUUUAUUACUAUAAAUCUCCACUUUCUCUUUUACGUAAAUUUUUUUUUUUUUUUUUUUUUUUUUUGGUGAUUCACAUUCUUUGUGCAUAUUACCACCUACUGGGCAGGGAGGAGAAUACAACGUAUCUCCUCCCCACCAUACAAUGAUUGCAAAUUAUUUUACUUCUGUUAAAUGUCCCAGAUAGAUUGAUUUAUAAAUACAUUAGCCAUUCUUUUACUCUGACCGGGCUUUAAAAAUCACUCGGAACAGAAUGAAGUUUUAAGGUUAAAUUGAAUAAAUCAAUUAACUGUGCUAAAAUAUAUUUAAUGGCACUACACAUAUUUAAUCAAUUUCAAAUGUUAUAACUCAUUGUCUUUGUCAGCUUUGCUACUUAUGCAUUUACAUGUCAACAUAUAACAAUAUAAUUAUCAAUGAAACAAUGACACAAAAUAGAGAUUAAAACACAUUUAAUAAAAACGGGGUAAUAAAUGCGUUCAUCAGGUCUCUGUGUCCUCCCUCACAAAUGGAGCAUUGCAGUGCUUGAAGCGUGUUGUUGUUUCAUUCAAAAAGCGCUGGUGCUGACAUCCUUUACUAGUCUCCUUCAACCUUCUGUCAUUUGCAGUUCAAGCUGAUUUGUUUGAACAGUCAUUUGAGGUCUGCUACAGACCUCCGUGUGAGGAGAAAUGGUGAAAUGCUUUAUGGAUUGAACAUGCUAUUGGUUUCUCAGAUCGGCUUGGGCUGAAUUAAAGCUUUGAAAACUGUUAUUCCACUGAAUUUGGAAAAUGCUGUACACAGUAAUGUUCAGAAUAUUUCUUCUCAUGUCUCAAAAAAUGUCUGGACCUUAAAAUCAUCUUCAAAACACUCAUUUUAAUUGGAGUUUCAGGAAAUAGGCAACUAUGACAUAUUGUAAACACCAGUGGCGAAUUCUCAGGGCCAGCAAAGCCU